UGCGCUGAUUGGCCGGGCGGUGGUAGCAGGCGCUGUGAGGCGGCGUCGAGGCCCGUGGCGGCCGCCAAGAUGGCGUACCAGACCUUCCGGCAGGAGUACCUGCAGGUGCCCCCGGUCACCAGGGCCUACACCACCGCAUGCGUCCUCACCACCGCCGCCGUGCAAUUAGAAUUGAUUACGCCGUUCCAGCUGUAUUUCAACCCUGAAUUGAUAUUUAAGCAUUUUCAAGUAUGGCGGCUCAUCACGAACUACCUUUUCUUGGGGCCGGUUGGGUUUAACUUUUUAUUUAUAUGAUAUUUUGUAUCUUUAUAUCGCUACUGCCGGAUGCUUGAAGAAGGAUCCUUCCGCGGUCGGACGGCAGAUUUUGUAUUAUUGUUCCUUUUGCGACUCUUUCUUUAACCCUUCUCCUCUCCAGCUUUUGGCUUGUUUGUCAACUUGGCUUGUUUCUUAGGGCACGUUACCAUAAUGCUAGUCUAUGGUCUGGAGCCGCAGGAACCUUUUCGUCGGAUGAACUUCCUUUGGCUUCUCAUCGUCCAGGCCCCGUUUCUCCCAUGGGUCCUCUGGGGUUUUCGCUCUGCUGGAAACUCAUCAAUCGUUGACCUCUUAGGCAUUGCUGUCGGCCACAUAUAUUUCUCUUGGAAGAGUCUUCCCAAACCAGCCGGGAGGAGGAAGGCUUUCUCAACGCCGUCGAUUCUGAAAGCAAUAUUUGACACCCCAGAAGACGACCCCAAUUACAACCCGCUGCCGGAAGAGCGACCCGGAGGCUUUGCCUGGGGCGAAGGGCAGCGCCUGGGAGGCUGAAGGGAGGCUGCCAGGCCCUUACCUGAGAGGAGAGACACCCAGGAGAAGAUGGAUCCCCUUGCCCUUCUCUGGUGGAGAAAGGGAGUUUUGACACUUUGACUGGCCUGGACAUACGAAGCACUUUGCGGGACAAAAAGACAAACACAUUACAUCCACGUCAAAAGACGUAUAACCAGCGGCGAUGCCAAGUCCUCACAAAGAGGGCUUUGCUGUACGAAAGGCUCAGAGGCGCUAGUUUUGCGUGAGCUGAGAACUGAAACGGCAACUUUCUCGAGACAUCUCCUGAGACCCUCAGUUCUUGUGUAUAUACAGAAAAUACAUAUAAAUAUAUAUAUAUAUUUUGAAUGCGUUUCUCCCCCCAAUUUUAUUUGAUACAAGAACUGGAGAACUUUAAAACAGACAAAUAAACCUUUUGAUUUAAUUCUUCGUUGUGAGCCGGUUAACAUUUCCCUUUAAUGUCCGACGCUGGCAAAAACGCUUCUGAAACAAACCAGCGUAGAAGAGCCAGUUUUAUCCUUCAAAGACCUGGGUGGAUUUUGCCAUUUUGCCGCCAUACUUAAAUGUUUACAAAAGUUACUCUACCGCUACACUUGCGAGAAAGGGAAAAGGAGGUAUUUGCCUGGUUGUUACUACCAUGUCUCUGUUUUAAGACCUAGAAUUGGGACCUACAACCAUCUGCAUACAAUCGCACCGCGUUUCAGUUUGAAAGAGCAACUUCCUAGUUGCGUUACGGACGAAAAAGAUGGGUGCUUUGGCUACAUAUGGCUCCUGCGCCGCGUUCUCUCUGCAAGUGACACAUUUUUGUCACUUGUUCUGCAGCCAAAGCUUGGAAGAGUUCCUUUUUUUGAACCAAAAUUCGCCUAGCAACUGGUUGGUGGAUUCUGGGAGCUGUAGUAAAAACAGAAGUAUCCUCCGACUACAGCCUAAAGCAGCUACCGAAGCCAUGCACAAGAAAGGCUGGACAACGCAGCUGUAGAUAUGUCUGCUUAGAAGCAAGUGGGCCUUAUACCCAGGAUGGGAAACGGGGUCCGGGAAGACGACCCAAAUCCCGCAGUACCUCUACGAAGGAGGGAUCGGGCGCCAAGGCAUAGUUGCCGUGACGCAGCCUCGCCGGGUGGCCGCCAUAUCCCUUGCCACCCGCGUCUCGGACGAGAAGAAAACGGAGCUGGGGAAACUGGUUGGCUACACCGUGCGCUUUGAGGACUUCACCUCCGAGGAGACGAAAAUCAAGUUCCUGACGGACGGGAUGCUGCUCCGGGAAGCCAUCGGGGACCCCCUGAUGCACAAGUACAGCGUUGUCGUUUUGGACGAAGCGCACGAGCGCACUGUCCACACCGACGUUCUCUUCGGAGUGGUGAAGGCGGCCCAAAAGAAGCGGAAGGAGCUGGGGAAGUUGCCGCUAAAAGUGGUUGUCAUGUCGGCUACCAUGGAUGUGGACCUGUUUUCCCAGUACUUCAACGGAGCCCCUGUCCUUUACCUCGAGGGCCGGCAGCAUCCCAUCCAGAUCUUCUACGCAAAGCAACCUCAGAGCGAUUACCUCCAAGCGGCGCUAGUCACGGUCUUCCAAAUUCAUCAGGAGGCUCCCCCUUCUCAUGACAUCCUGGUGUUUCUGACGGGUCAGGAAGAGAUCGAAGCCAUGACCAAAACGUGUCGGGACAUCUCCAAGCAUCUUCCCGAUGGCUGCCCUCAAAUGGUCGUAAUGCCGCUCUAUGCGUCUCUGCCUUACUCACAACAGCUCCGGGUCUUCCAGGUUGCUCCCAAGGGUUAUCGUAAAGUGAUCCUCUCCACCAAUAUUGCUGAGACUUCCAUCACCAUACCAGGCAUAAAAUACGUCGUGGACACAGGGAUGGUUAAAGCCAAGAGGUAUACACCGGAAAGCGGCCUCGAAGUCCUGGCCGUCCAGCGGAUCUCCAAGGCCCAGGCUUGGCAACGGGCCGGCCGGGCUGGCAGAGAGGACAGCGGGCUUUGCUACCGCCUCUUUACGGAGGAUGAAUUUGAGAAGUUCGAUAAAAUGACGGUGCCAGAGAUCCAAAGGUGUAACUUGGCCAGUGUGAUGCUCCACCUUUUGGCGCUGAGGAUCCCCAACGUCCUCACUUUUGACUUUAUGUCAAAACCGUCUCCAGAGGCACUCCAGGCCGCCGCCGAGCAGUUGGCACUCCUGGGUGCGGUGGAAAGAAAAGACGAUCAACUGAUCCUCACUCCGCUGGGAAGGAAGAUGGCCGCCUUUCCCCUGGAGCCCAAAUUCUCCAAAACCAUCCUGACGGCCCCCAAGUUCCACUGCAGCGAAGAGAUCCUGACCAUUGUCUCCCUCCUCUCGGUGGACAGCGUCCUCUACAAUCCCCCCUCGCGGCGGGAUGAAGUCCAAGCCGUCCGGAAGAAAUUCAUCUCCAGCGAAGGGGAUCACAUCACUUUGCUCAACAUCUACCGGGCCUUCAAAAACAUCAGCGGCAAUCGGGAAUGGUGCAAAGAAAACUUUGUGAACAGCAGAAACAUGAUGCUGGUCUCAGACAUCAGAGCUCAGCUGAGGGACAUUUGCAUCAAGCUCUCAAUCCCCCUGGAGUCCUCCCGAUCCGACACAGGGAACGUCCGCCGCUGCCUGGCCUACAGCCUCUUCAUGAACACGGCCGAGCUGCAGCCAGACGGCACCUACACCACCACCGACAGCCACCAGCCGGUGGCCAUCCACCCGUCCUCCGUCCUCUUCCACUGCAAGCCGGCCUGCGUCACGUACAAUGAGCUGCUCCAUACCAGCAAAUGCUACAUGCGCGACCUCUGCGUGGUGGAUGCGGACUGGCUCUACGACGCUGCGCCUGAAUAUUUCCGCCGGAAGCUCAGGGCCGCCAAGAACUGAAACGGCCUCGCUAGAAUUUGGGUCACCAAAUAUACAAAGACACAGCUGUACCAGUUGUUCCACGAGAGCGGUUCUUCCACACAGAAUCACACCUUUCCAUAGACAUGUAAACCAAGGCACAUCGCCUCUUCCAGGAGAGAGAUGAGGAACCCUCUGCCAUCCAUCACUUUGGCCGUGAUCAUGAAAGCGGAUGGGGAGUGAAGCUGCCUGAAUAACUUCCAUCCAUCUCUCUGUGUUAAAUGCCUGCUUGUUCGACAUAAGAGUCUGCAAAUUCGAAGAUGGCCGUGUACCACUUAGCUGGAACAAUUUGGGUUCGAUCCAGGAAAGACUUGGCAAAUCGGUGUCUUCGAACACGGCCCAGUUGUGGGCUCUGUCUGCACUGCAUUUUAAAUUUCUCUCCCAUGUGAAUUGUGCCAGAAGCGGGAGCAUUUUGAAACCCUAUUCUUUUUAGGAUGGAUGGUGCUAAACUCCCUGUCCUUCAUUUUUCCUUCAUUCCAAAUCUUUUAACUCUGAAGUCACUGAAAAUGCAUCAGUGCACUUUUGGUAGGGAGAAAUUGCCAAAUGCUUUAACGUUCUGGGAAAAUACAGAGCUUGGGGAGGGGGGGAAGUCCUUUCUUGGACUAUCACCCCCCAAUAAUCCCUCUUGCCAUGUUGGCUGGGGAUUCUGGGAUCAGUAGUUUCAGUAGUUCCAAGUUUUGAGUUGAAAAACAGCAGGCAAAAUGCUGUUUGAACCUCGGUUUUGUAUUGAGGGCAGAUGUUAAGAUGGCAUGGCUUGCCAGGAGCCGUCCAGGUAGAAUUGCCUGUAAUGCUAAAUCAAUGAUUCCUAAAUUUUGGUCCUCCGGAUGUUUUGGACUUCAGCUCCCAGGAGCCCCAACUAGCUUGGCCAAUAGUCUGGAAUUCUGGGAGGUAAAGUCCAAAACAUCUGGAGGACCAAAGUUUGGGAAUCGUGGUGCUAAAUUAAUGGAAUGAAGCCCGCUGUGGAGCACAUUAAGCCACUAUGUUGCCUGUCAGAUCGGUUUGGUGUUUUAAAUGUUCUGGGCCCUCUAUGCAUUACACAUUUAUAGCACUGCGAUUCCAGUUUAAAUAUCAUAAGAGCAUCCUAUGGGAUCCUAGGGUUUACAGUUUAGAAAGGGAUAUUUGGAAUUCAGAGAGCUAGCGGUGGUUUGAGUGUUGGACUACGACUCCGAAGAUUUUACAUACUGAUUUUACUGACUAACAUGGCUAUAUCUUUGAAUUCUGGAGUUCAGGGGUUUGGUUUGCAAACUCUCACUGGGUGACUUUGGGUGAGUCACGCACUCUCAGCUUCAGAAAAUAUGAGAGGUCACCAUAAAUCAGAAACGAUUUGAAGGCACACAACAACAAUCCAGAAUUCACAUCUGGAGAGCUUUAGUGCGUCAAACUAUAAACCCCAGCAUUUCAUAGGAUGCAUCCAUUGGAGUUCAAGUGAGAUAAUAAAAAAUAAUAUAGAUUAUAAUGGUAUAAGCGUGAAAGGAGUCCCUAACAUUUAGAGCAGGAGUGGGCACAAAAUGCAGCCUCCAUGUGGCCCUCAAACCCUUUUUGUGGCCCCCAGUGAAAGCAUUGGCAUGAUUUUUAAAGCAUGAUAUUUUGCUGCUAAAAUUCAGCAGCAAGCUGCGAAACGUAACAUGGUUGUGUGAAAAGGAGCAAAACGCACUGUGGCCGACAUCGCAGUCAAUUUGGUUCCUUUUAAUUCAACAUCAUCAGUCAAUAUAAUGUUCGCUGUUAUGUUAAUUAAAGUAUAUUUAAAUACA